AUGUCCACCAAACGCGUCGCCCUAAUCCUCGGUUCCGGCCCCAACGUAGGCACCGCCAUAACCUCCUCGCUUACCGCCCUAAACUACCGUAUCGCAACCGCCUCCCGCUCCGGCACCAACAACCUCUCCCCCUCUACGGGUAUCCUCUCUCUCACCGCGGACUUCGCAACCCCGUCCUCUAUCCCCACCCUCUUCGCCGCCGUGGCCCAAGAAUUCGGUACUCCCCCCAGCGUCGUGAUCUGGAACGCCGCUACGCUUACACCCCCGCCUAUCGAGGGAAGCGUAUUAUCUGUGCCCGCAGAUCAAUUUACAAAAGACCUCAAUGUCAACACCGUGAGUCCGUACGUGGCGGCCAUGGAAGCAGUCAAAGCCUGGGAAGGUAUGCAGGGCAAGGAAGAAGGGGGUAACAAGACAUUCAUCUACACGGGGAAUGCGCUGAACCAGAUUGUCAUGCCUGUUCCAUUGUUUCUGACGCUGGGCGUGGGAAAGAGUGCGAGUGCGCAUUGGGUUGGGUUGGCGGAUGCUACGUACAGGGAACGAGGGUAUCGCUUCUUCUACGCGGAUCAACGACAGCCUGAUGGUGCACCCAUGGGGAAUGGUGUUGAUGGGCCUGCGCAUGGAGAGUUCUAUGCAAAGCUGGUGCAGCGGGAAUCGAACGACGUACCAUGGUUGGCUACGUUUGUCAAGGAUAAGGGAUAUGUCAAGUUUUAG